AUUGACGCAAUGUAAACAGUUGUCAGAUUGCAUUCGUGGGAGAAGCAGCGUGCAAGUUCUUGUCAGCGAAGUUUUGUGACGUCUUGAAAUGGCGACACCUAAACAAGUGUUGAAGAGCGUGGGGCCCAAGCUGGUGCCGUUCUUCAAGACGGUGGCCAUUUACUUCGUGCUGUUCAUCCCGGUGGAACAGCCCUCCAUAUUCGCCAUGGUGAUCAAGUGUCUGCCGGUGCUCUCCCUCAUCGCGUUUGUGCUGCUGCAUGGGAUGAGCCUCGGGGAAGAGUACACGUAUUCCAGAAGAAUCCUCCUGGGCUUGAUUCUCUCAGUGGUGGGAGACGCCCUGCUCAUUUGGGAAGACUUCUUCGUCCAUGGUUUGGGCGCAUUCCUCGUGGCUCAAAUAUUCUAUAUUUCUGCCUUUGGCUUUAGGCCUUUCAACAUAUAUGUUGCUACAGUCUGCUAUUCUUUAAUGGCUUUAGGAGUGUACCUUCUGAUGCCUGGAACUUCUGGAGCCAUUAGCUUCGGCAUGCCAGUCUACACCUGUCUUCUACUGACCAUGGUAUGGCGUGCAGUUGCUAGAGUUCAGCUUUUUGAGGAAUUAUGGACUUGGACAAAGCUGUGCUCCUGUGUUGGAGGCAUUCUGUUUGCUGUGUCAGAUGCCUUUAUUGGUUUUAAUUCCUUCUACUGCCAUGUACCACAUUCUCAGGCUGUUAUCAUGAUUACAUACUAUGCAGCACAGCUGGGAAUUUCACUCAGUGUUGUGGACAGCAAGGCAAGCUACCUUGACUCUUUACGCGAUGUAAAGCCUCAGACUGACAUGCAGCGUUGCUGUUCACAGCCAGUGUCAGACAGCGAAGAUGAACUCAGACAAGACUGUUCACCUUGCCACAUCAGGGCUUCCUUUACAGAUGACAACAGUACCUUGAUUCAGCGAAAGAUUGUCUCCAUGAAUAGUACUCAUUAGGUGUAAUGACUCUGGGUUAAAGACAAGUAGAUUAAAAAGGAAACAUUUUUAUGGUAUGUAAAGUAGUCCGUAUAGACCCUUUCAUCAAACAUGAUCUAUACACAUCAGUGUGUGCUAGGUCUUCUUAACACCUCUGAUGUCUUCUCCUUUGGGACCAGGUUAAGUAUUGCAAGAGCUCAGGUGUAAAUUUGCAUCUCUCAUAAUUUUGAUUUCAAGGGUUUGUGGAUUGGUCUAGAAAUCGGAGAGACUUUCGUCUCUCCAUCCACUUAAUUAUGCCAAAAUAUGUUUCGGUGAUAAUGUAUAGUCAGUAGCUCACUUCAACUUUUUUUAUUAUUAAUAUUAUUUUUUGUAUAUGUUUAUCAUUCUUCUGUACCUUUCUUGUGUUUGUAAAUAUCUAUCUAGGGCAUUGUGUCAGUACUCUCACAUUUGCUCAAGAAUUGUGAUGCAGUCAUAAUGUAAUGUCUAGAAAACGUGUCUUUCGUACUGGUACCAGAUUGGUUGUGCAGAUUACAUUUGGAAUGCUUAUGCUAUUAAAAAAUUAAGUAUAGAGAAAAAAAUCUAAAAUUUUACCAUUUUAUACACAUAUCUUAGUCUCUGUCUACAUACAUACAUACAUACAUACAUACAUACAUACAUACAUACACACACACACACACACACACACACACAC